UUAUUCUGGUUGAGAAGUAGGAGGCUCUUCAAAUGUGUCGUACAGACCGGAAGUUGSAUUUUGAAGUCACAUUGAGCAAAAAUCGACUGUCACGGUAAAAUUAGGACGUCUGAUCAUCCAAGACAUCUCUCAUGACUUUGGUUGCUCAUCAAUAAUGUUAACCUUGAAGGUUGUCACUCAUCUGUUAGGUAGAACUUUUGCGCUUCAUGCUCAAAGAGGAUUUUUAAAUGGAUGCAUCCAGCCAGCCGGUCCUGCUCUCUGCUCCUCUCUGCAGCAGAAACUCAGAAACUACUCGACUGCAGCGGACAACAUGUCUCCUCCUCGAUGGGUCCAACUUGAGCCAGAGCUGGACGAGGCUCUGGUUCCGCGGAAGCUGUCGGUGAGUCCUCUGGAGAGCUGGCUGUCCCUGCACUACACCCUCCCUCCCCCGCUGGAGUCUGUUCAGCCUCAGGAGGACGUGGAGCUGCUGGAGGAGAUGCUGCUGCCGCCCAUGUCUGUGCCUGCUGCUGCGGAGGACAGCCUGGGCUCAGAAAAGUCCAUCCAGUGUAAAAAUGUGCUGAAGAUCCGACGGAAGAAGAUGAACAAACAUAAACGCAGGAAGCUCCUGAAGAGGAUUAAGUUCGUGAAGAGGAGCGUGAAUCACAUCAGAGACAAGAAGAAGCAGUUACGAUUUGAGAAGGACCUUGAAAGGAUUUGGAAGCGAGCAGGACUGAAGCAGCCACCAGAGGGAUGGGUUACGCCUAAAAUCUUUCUUAACAAUCCUGGAGACAAAAAGGACUGAAUACAAUCAAAUCAAAAAGUUUUUGUUCUUGUUUUAUGUUGCAUCCUUCAGUCUGGACACCUCGCUGACUGCUGUGACACUGCUUUACGUCUGUUUCAGUUUAAUUCAUUCAACAAAUAGACCAUGUUCCCCGUGUCUGCGUGGGCAGUUGUUUUUAAUGUGUACGUAAACAGAAUAAAAGUCUCUGCCAAGGCUAA